AGUAUCUCCGUACUUUACUUUGUGCUUGGUCAUCGAAAGGAUUAAAUUCACUUUAUCUGCAUUAAAUCGUUUUAUUCUUUUUGAUAAGGGGAAAAAAGAAAGCCGAUUUCAAACGAAGAGUGUAUGUAGAGACUGCCUGAGGAGACGAACGUAGUCGUUAUUUCGCACAACUGCAGUUUGGAAGCGUGGAGAACAAAGUUUGGAGAAAUAUAGUCAACAGGGUUUCUGGCAUUUCGGUGUUUCAGACAUUUGAGUUAGAAGUGUUUUCAUCUUGUCAUAUUGAAAACAAAAACCCUGUUUAAUCUGUGAUCAUGAGAUCCCAACAAUUGGUGGAGAUGUGGUGAAUAUAUCGUGAUAAUUUUGAUUUUAGACACGCAUUUGGGGAAGCACUGAUCUUAAAAGUAACAAGUGAUGAUCAUGACGCAUAUCUGAAGUGGCUUUCAGCUCAAGAGACCGACAUGAAACUAGAGUGGCCGAUAUCGACAGCGUCUCGUCGGCCUAGCUUCUGAACAGUCUUAUAUCGUGAUCUGAUCCCUAUAGCCCUUGUCGUUCAGCCAUCAUGAUUGAGACUCCGGCAUCGUCUCGAGACGAACCAAACUUGACUGUGAUAUCCAGCCUUCUGAGUCUGACGUCAUUAACCACGUCGUCGCUGCUCCUUUGUGUUUUGGUACUCGUUCUCGUCCUGGUCAUCUUGACUGUAGAUCGUCGGAAUUCAGUGACACCGGUUGAAGAUGGGGUCACAUUAUUACCAGGACCGAGAGGGGCCCUAGCAACGGUUAAAGUCCUCUUGGGGAUGACUAAAAGAGCAUCAAGAUACAUGUUCGAGAGGACAAAGACAUACGGGAAGGUCUUUGGGAUCGGAGAUGGCCCGGACUCUUACGUCAUAAUAAUGGAUUAUGCUAGUCUAGAAGAGGCCUUUGUUACGAAAGCAGAUCUAUGCUCUGACAGGGGUGGACUCAUUCGGACCAUGCUGGAAUCCGUCCUUCCAGAAAGAGGUUCGAUCUUCAACAACGGUACAGCAUGGAAUGAGGUUCGAGGGUUCGUUGCUAAAACCGUCAAAAAUCCCGAUUUUGGCGCCACCACCAUAUCCCGCUGUGUCAGCGAAACAAUCCCAACUUUAUGUUCCGAGCUGGAUGCACUCGUUGACGGGCCGUUCGAUCCCAAAAGAACCUACCAGUGCUUCUGCGUCGAUGUCUUCCAUCGCAUCGCAUUUGGUAUCGGCAUUAGCUACGAAAAUUGCACCGUUAAGAAGUUCAUCGACAAUCUGGACACCGUAGUUGCCCAAACGCUGGACCCAAGUACCCUUCUUCUUACUCGGCCAUCUUUGAUAAACUCUUUCCUCUUCAGAGGAUAUCGGUCAAAGCUGCGGAGUUCAUCUAGCUACGUAAAGACACGAGCAGAAGAGGUACUCGCCAAACUAGAUGCCCCCGAACAGUCGUCAAGCCUUAUUGCACUCUUUGUCAAGUAUAUCGAGGGCAUUCGCUCAUCCGGUAAGGCAUCAUAUUCGGAACCCGACGAUGGAUGGGUUAUCGUCUACAACAUGUUCUUUGCUGCUACUGACACCAUUCACGAAGUUCUCCUGUGGCUCACACUAUUCAUCGCUACUAGACCUGAUAUCCAACUGAGGAUGCGGAAAGAAAUAGACACUGUCAUGAAUUCUGGUGGAAGUGAAUCCUUGUACGACCAGCGAUCUCGUCUCCCAGUCGUAAGGAGCAUCAUCCUCGAAGUUCUGCGCAUGCGUCCCGUUGCUCCGAUGGGAGUUCCCCACGUUGUAUCCGACACGGGCAGUAUAGACGGAUACAGCAUCCCCAAAGGCAGUCAGAUAUUCUCCAACAUAUGGGGAAUGCACAACGACCCGGAUAUUUGGAAAGAUCCAUCGGCCUUCAAUCCGGAUCGGUUCCUAAGCAACACCGGUGUUCUGGACGAGGUGAAAGCCAAGUUGGUGAUUCCAUUUUCAAUAGGGCCGCGAUCUUGUCCGGGUGAGCAGGUUGCCAGGAGAAUCAUCUUCCAGACCCUGGUCAGCUUAAUUUCCAGGUACAGAAUUUCGCUUCCGGCAGGCAGACCUACACCUCAGCUUGUCAACGAGGAGCGCUCAUUCACCAUGAGUCCCGAAAGAUUCAAAGUUAUAUUUUCCAGGAUUCAAGCCGAUCCGGUUCAAUUGAAAGACCUUGAAAUCCCGACUACAGAGUAAUGCUUAUCGACCGUUGCAAAUGUGUUUAAAGCCUAUCUGCACAAGUUUGGUCAGGAGGGAUUAGACAUUCCUGCAUGGUCACUGGCAGGUGGUUAUCUCAUCAAAUCAAUAUGAAAAAGGGGAUCAUUGGGACCAACCGGUACCGCUUAGGCAUUGUUUGCUAUAUAGAGGGCGCAAAUAGAUACACGUAGUGCAGUCCUGUUCUAAAGAAUGAAUAAUACACAAACAAAGACAAAUAAUGAGAACAUUUUAUCUUUGUUUUUCUCACCAUUUUUGAAUGAGUAGUUUAUUUGAAGUAGAAAUAUAAAAGUCAGCAAAAAUCAUUUCUACUUGUUCACAGUACAAGUUUUAAAAGGGAAAUUUGACAAAUGUUCACCACUAUAAUGAAAAGCUUAGGUAAACGACAUCAAAAUAUGAAAUAGAAACGAUCUUUUUGUCUUUGUAGUCGAGCUCUAACACUGAUUUAUUUAAAUAGUCGAGUGCUUGUUUAUUAGAAUAAACGAUUUUUGAAUCCUAUCUAGCCCUCUAGCUCUUGGUUUCUGGAAAUCAGAAAUGAAAACAAAAAAGCAAUUGUUUCUUGUCUUAAUGAAUUUAAGAAAGUAAACAUCAUUGUUAUCGUUGAAGAAAGUAAACAUCAUUGGUAUCUAUCCCAAGAGAAAUACAACAUGACUUAUACGAGACAACAGACAUAUAUCGAGCAAUUACAAACGUUACAAAA